UUAGAGGUCGUAUCUGAUUUGACAAAAGACGCUUAUAUUAUGACACUUCGCAGAUUUGUGGCACGCCGUGGAAAGCCAACCGAAAUAUUUUCCGACAACGGUAAAAAUUUUGUUGCUGCCGCGAAAGAACUAAAUAAUUUUCUAAAGGCUAAUCAAGAACCUCUGUCUGAGUUUGCUGCUCAGGAGGGAAUAAAAUUUUCUUUUAUCCCCGCUUACGCUCCUCACUUUGGUGGAAUAUGGGAGGCCGGGGUUAAGUCCGCUAAACAUCAUAUAAAGCGAGUCAUGGGCAAUACCCAUCUUACGUUUGAAGAGCUUUCGACAUUGUUUGCUCAAGUUGAGGCUAUUCUCAAUAGCCGUCCUCUAUGUCCCAUGUCAUCUUCCCCGAAUGACUUCCUAUCCUUGUCCCCAGGGCACUUUUUAAUUGGAAGACCAUUGAAUGCACUACCGGCUCCUUCAUUGGAUAACUCUAAAGAGAGCUCCCUGGAUAGAUAUGGCAGACUUGAACAAAUCCGCCAACACUUCUGGAAGAGAUGGCAGAAAGAGUAUAUAUCAGAAAUGCAACUACGAACAAAAUGGAAGAUUGACAAAUCAAAAAUAAACGUCGGAGACCUCGUACCGCUUCAAGAGGAUAAUUCUCCACCACUUUGUUGGCGCAUGGGACGUAUCUUUCGAUUAUUCCAUGGAACAGAUGGCGUUUGUCGAGUUGCGGACGUCGAAACUACAAGAGGUUGCGUUCGAAGACCUUUGGUUCGACUGUGUCCUCUGCCCACUUCUGAAGACCUUCAAGCUUGAAAACCUACGCUUUUCACCGGGGGGAGGAUUAUGUCUACGCCUGUUAAACUUAUUAUAGCAAUCAUGCGCUUCAACAACAUAGAUUGUCAUUUUUUAUUUAUUAUUUAUUGGCCGGGUAGAAUGUAUUUUUUUCACUUAUCUAAAAAUCUUUGUACAAAGGUGUGUCGGUCUCGAAAAUAAAUUGUUUUUAAA